AUGUACCUCGAAGAUCGAACAGUUCGUCUGCAACUGUGGGACACAGCCGGCCAGGAACGUUUCCGAUCUUUGAUCCCAUCCUAUAUCCGCGACUCCAGUGUAGCCGUCGUCGUGUACGACAUUUCCAAUGCCAAAUCUUUCCAAAACACCAAAAAAUGGGUAGACGAUGUUCGAGGUGAACGAGGCAACGAUGUGAUUAUUGUGCUUGUUGGAAAUAAGACUGACUUGAACGACAAGCGGGAAGUCACCACUGCGCAGGGCGAGGAGGAGGCAAAGAAGAAUGGGCUUAUGUUCAUUGAGACUAGUGCAAAGGUUGGACAUAAUGUGAAGCAAUUGUUUAGGAGGAUAGCACAGGCGCUUCCAGGCAUGGAUGGGGAGGCACAGAGGGGGGAGAAUCAAACAAAAUCCGACGAGUUCUCUAAAGCUGCGACCGCUCAUUUCAUCCAGCACCAGAUUCAGCAUCAUCUGGGGACCUCGCCAAAUCAUUAA